AUGGCUUCAAAGAAAGAUAUGCGCAAGGUUGAGCUUGCGAUCCCCUAUGUCGAUCCCCCCAAAAGCAGCAGUGAUGCCGAUAUCUCCAGCACAAUGUCGAGCACUAUGCCUAUGGCGGCUAUGUUUACGCGCAACCGCAUGAUCGGAUGGGUCUCGUUCGUCUUCUCGCUUCAGUCUUGGCUGGGUGAAUCCCCAGACCAAAAAAAGAAUGCUUCUACCCCGGCAUACAUGUCGGUCUUGAUGUCUUUGAUGGCAUUGUGUGUCACCUACUUCCCUCUCUUCUUGCCCCCGCAGGCUCCUGGCGGCGUCGCUGCUGUGCCGACUCCGUCGCCCUCUCCUUGA